CAUGUCAGAACAGCACGCCACACCAGGUAGUGUGCGGUUUCAGCUCAGGUGUGUGAGUCCACAGAGGCUCUACAGGGUUAGAUAUGCUCACAACCCCCGCGAUGGGCGCAAGCGUACCCAGAGUCCUCUGCCAAAAUGACGCAAGCUUUUAACACAACUCAGUGCGCGGAUUGUGACACUACUCCGAGCGGAGGGGUCUCUCUCUCUCUCUCUCUCUCUCACUCUCUCUCUCUCUCUCUCUCUAUACUGUCAGUAUUUACUGGUUUUCAGAGAGGAGACGCAGCUCGCCCAGAAAUGGUCGUCCUCGAGAGGUCGGUUCUCGCGCGAAUUUUCGUCUCGUGUCUGACGUGUUUGACGCUGCAGCCCGGCGCGCGCGGCGUGCGAGUGCGCAAGCAGCCUCCUGGUAUUGAGAUCUUUACCUCCACACAGUCGGUCACGGCAAGUCAAAAAGUCCUCACCAUAGAGGGAAGGGAGUGUAAGUUUCCAUUCAGAUUGGGUGGGACUCUUUAUCAUCAGUGCAUUACAUUCAACUCUGGCAGGCGGUGGUGCUCACUUACCAACAACUUCGACCGGGACAUGAAGUGGGGAUAUUGUAGUUCGCACACACGCCUCUUUAACACUGUUUUCCACAGUAUCAGCGAGCAAAGCCUGUGCAAUCCAAACCCAUGUAAGAACGGCGGGGUGUGUACUGCAGUUCCUUACCGGAAUUCGUUUGAGUGUAUGUGUCCAGAUGCUUUCACAGGAGUCAAGUGUGAGCUGAAAAAAUGCUAUGAACCUCUACACCUGAGGCAUUACAACAUCGGGGAGGUGUGGGGACGAAUCCACCUGCGUAACGUUGAGCAGUGCAAAUGCGGCAGAGGCGGAGUGUCUUGUGAGCGCACACGUUACGGAGUAUGUCUAACUAAUCCCUGUGAGAAUGAAGGAACCUGCAGAAUAAUCGAAGCAACAAGAGAGGCAGUGUGUGCCUGCAGACCAGGCUACAGAGGACCAUACUGUAGCAUCUCACCUGAGGAAAAAUGCUAUAAGGACAGAGGUGUACAGUAUCGUGGCACUGUGAACGUUACGCUCUCUGGCGCCUCCUGCCUGCCCUGGAGCUCAGACCUCAUGUACAAUGAGCUCUCGCCGGACACUGUACAGGACGCCUCCAAGCGGGGACUCGGGGACCAUGCGUUCUGCAGGAACCCUGAUAAUGACAAGAAGCCCUGGUGUUACACAAUGAAUAAUGGAGUGAUCUCCUGGGAAUACUGUGAUGUGCCAUCUUGCCUUAGAGUGUCAUCUUCUCGUAAAGCUCCCACGCCAACCUCUCUUCCCACUCCUGUGCCUAUUCCAAAUCCCAGCUGUGGCAGGAGACACCCAAAGCGAGUUCCUCGAGGACGAAUCAUAGGAGGCACUUCGGCAAUGGCCGGCUGUCACCCCUGGAUGGCGGCGCUGUAUAUCGGCGAUGAGUUCUGCGCUGGCAGCCUCAUCUCAUCCUGCUGGGUCGUGUCGGCCGCCCACUGCUUCAUCCGCAAUCCAUUGCUGUCAGCGGUGCGUGUAGUCCUUGGUCAGCACGUUUUUAACGACUCAAGCUCCAACACGCAAACGUAUGGCAUAGAGAAGUAUGAGUUCUACCCCCAGUACAUUCAGUUCAGCCCAACAGUGCAUGAUAUUGCCCUUGUGAAGCUGAAGAAGGUUAAUGGUCGCUGUGCUCGUAAAACCAAGUUUAUUCGGCCAAUCUGUCUGCCGGACGAGUCCAUGACGUUCCCAGACUACACAUGCUGCACUAUCACAGGCUGGGGACACAUGCAGGAGAAGGGAAACUCGUAUUCCUCCCUGAGAGAGGGAAUUGUGAAGCUUAUUCCGGAUGAGAAGUGUUCCUCUCCCGAGGUGUACGGCUCAGAGGUGAGAGAGGGGAUGCUGUGUGCAGGUAGUGACAGCUGCGUGGAUGCUUGCCAGGGAGACUCCGGCGGACCACUGGCAUGUGUGCGUAACGAAGUGAGUUUUCUCUAUGGUAUCAUUAGUUGGGGUGAUGGUUGUGGACGAACAGGGAAACCAGGUGUCUACACCAAAGUCACCAAAUACAUCUCCUGGAUCAAUCAGACCAUCCGACGCAAAAAACCCUCCCGGAAAAAAAUACUUUAGCAUGUGUGUUAGCAUGCAGUUGCCGUGUGUAUUGCCAGACUUUUUUUUUUUUUAAAGAACUGUGAAUGAAGAGUAUGUUUUAUAUUCUAUUAAAUUAUAUUGAAACCAUGACUUGUUAUAGCCUCAUGUCACUUGAAUAAACAGUGUCAUUUUGACAUAGACUUGAA